GUCGUCAGUUUACUGAGUGAAUCGAAUCGAGGCACAGUGGUGGUUGCAAUUCGUCGUCUCCAAUCGACUUGUAAUUUAUUUAUUUAUCCGUCGCGGAUCAAAGGAAUUUUCCCUCAAUAAAACAACAAAAACGAAAAGAAAAUCAAAACUGCAAUCAAACUUGUGUGAAACAAAUUAAGGAAUAACAUAACAAAUUAAUAAAUGUACAUAGUUUUAGGAGAAUCCUUCAAUUUUUGUUUAAACAACCAUCCACCUGAGUGAAAAAAGUUUAAAAAGAAAAAUAAAAAUAAAUGGGGGUGCGAUGGAACAUGACAACGAUCAAUGAGAAUUAAAUGAGUGCAUUUUUCGUCUAUUUUCUUUAUAUCCUUCGCCGUUGUCGUCGUCAUCGUCAUCGGGCUGAAAACCCGGGUUUUUCUCCUGCUAUUUCCCUUUUUGCCCAAAACCUAAAGCCCAACCUCUGCCCCUCCCAUCUUUGAUGGUCAAAGAGGGUUAACACAACAACAAAGUUUAAAGUAAAAAGUCUCGACACUCGUAGUCGUAGUGAGCUCAGAAAUUAACUUACAAAUAAAAGCCCCACAAAUUUAGAAAAAUUCACGGAAGCAAGAAAAUCAGCAACACAAAAAUAAAGUGAAAAAAUUUUCAGUGAGUCGAAUUGAUUCGGAAAAUAGAGUAUCAAGAAAAAUCUAAUUAAAAUCUGUGCGUAUUUUCCAAGUGAAUAAAAUAUCGUUAAUAAUUUAGUCAAAAAGUGAAUUAAAAAGAAAAUAAAAAAUCUGAUUCUGGUUUUUCUUUUUUCCUGCACCAAAACCAACACAACAACGUCUCGUUGUCUUUUGUGUUUUUAUUUCUCUUCUAUUCUUCUCCGUCUUUCUGCACAUCACAUUCGGAUUCGGAUCUUUGUGUUUUUUUUUUAUUGUUGUUGCUUUUCAAUUAUUUUCCAUCAUUUUUUUGAAUCUUGAAUUCUUACUUACGAUUUACGAAAACGACGAGAAAACGCGAGAACGACAAAACAAGAAUAUAAAAAUAAAGAGCAAGUAACGAGUAAAUAAAAAUAAUAAUAAAAUAAAAAAGAAUCACCUGCGCCAUAUUAUCCCUCAUCCUCGAGACUUGGUCGACUUUGACUUCGACUUGGAGUUCGUGUUCGUAGUUCGUAGUUCGUUCUUCGUUCCUUUUUCCUGUUCACUUCACUCAGUUCGUUGGUUAGGUUACGUGUGUGGAUAUAUUUUUUUUUAUCUUCUGGAACCACGACGACGAAGUCUACGUAGACUUCAAGUUCCUGUUCCACAGAAAUCGACGAAGUUCUCUCGUCGUCAACGUUAAACGACGAGGACGAGGAAGAAGGAUUUUCCUGUGCAAGUUGGUCUUCCUCUUUGUGAUUAUUCUCCUCGCUAAGAGCAGCAGCAGGAGCAGCAGCAUAUUCUGGGAUUUUGCGGCACAGCCACAACAGCAGAGGAACGUGCAUUCAAAAUGAGUUGGGGUACUGAACUUUGGGAUCAGUACGACAACUUAUCGAUACACACAAAUAAAGGUAUUGAUUUUUUAGACAAAUAUGGAAACUUCGUGCGUGAAAGACUUGCGAUAGAAAGUGAUUAUGCGGCGAAAUUAAGGCGACUUGUGAAAAAUUACCAACCUAAGAAGAAAGAAAAAGAUGAAGAGGAAAAUGAAUUCUCAUCAUGGCAGGCAUUUCGAAACGUGCUCAAAGAAAUCGGAGACUUGGCUGGUCAAAGAGAAGUUGUCGCAGAAUCGCUGCAACAAGAAAUUAUUCAUGGUAUUACAGUGCUGUCAAAAACGUUGCGAGAAGAUAGAAAAAAAUGCUUAACAGAUGGCACGCAUUUACAACAAAUCCUACAAUCACAAUUAGGAUCGCUGGAUCGAGCUAAGCGAACAUAUGAUAAAGCAUUUAAAGACUCAGAGAAGGCUGUUGAUAAUUAUAAAAAAGCCGAUAUGGAUUUAAACCUCAGCCGGGCUGAAGUUGAAAGAUAUAAAAAUAUAAUGACAUCAAAAAUUCAACAAUCAGACGAUGCUAAAAAUGAAUACGCAAAUCAAUUACAAAAAACAAAUAAUCUACAACAGCAACAUUUUAAUGUUCUGUUGCCAAAUGUAUUUAAUAAGUUACAAGAACUCGAUGAAAAACGGACCCGCGGUAUUCGAGAGUUUAUUGUUCGUUCAGCAGAUAUUGAAUCAGCUGUUGCACCCAUAAUUGCUAGUUGUUUGGAGGGUAUUGUGAAAGCUGGCGAGUCAAUUAACGAAAAACAAGAUUCAUUAAAAGUUAUAGAAAGGUAUCAGUCAGGUUUCACAAUACCAACAGAUAUACCAUUUGAGGAUCUGUCCAAAGCCAAUCCAGAUUCAUCCACGGAACAAAUAAAUAUUCGACCCCUAAAUAAUCAUUUCCAAACGAUUAAGGGAACAGUGACUGGGAGCAAAAAGAAAAAUCGUGGAAUUUUGGGGUCUAUAUUAUUUGGUAGUAAUAAGGAUUUGACUGAUAAAACGACUGAAAUUGUUCAAUUAAAUCAUAUGAAUCAUGAUUUAAAAACAUUAAACUCCUUUUUAACUAUGUGGAAAAUGUUUUCCAAAACAAAACAGUCAAAUUCCUUAUCUGCGGACGGCAUGAAGGAAGAUUUUAGUGAUUUACCACCAAAUCAACAACGCAAAAAGCUCCAAGCUAAAAUUGCAGAACUCCAACAAAAAAUCUCUCAAGAAACAGCCGCACGUGAUGGUCUCAUGAAAAUGAAAGUAGUUUAUGAAGCCAAUCCAUCGUUGGGUAAUCCAAUGACAAUUGAAGGUCAACUAAAUGCAUCCGAAACAAAUCUAACAAAUUUAAAUGAUGAUCUGAAGAAAUUCCAAGGAUACCUUGAGAAGGCGAACAGUGCGCAUGUGGCGAAUAAUAGUCCACAAGCGAAUCGAAUUUACCAUAAUGGUCAUAGAGUAUCGAGACAUUCCAAUGGAAGCACAGAAGAUAAUAACGAUGAUGGUGAAGAUCAGCAUGACGAUGCUGGAAGCUUAAGCAGGUCAGAUUCAGAGGAAAAUGUGGCGCAAAUUCAAAAUGGGCAUAAUAAUAAUAAUAACGGCAGUUCAGCAAGUCCUGAAAGCGGAUUGGGUACAUCGCACACAUCACUGCCGGGCUCAGGUCAAGGUAGUGCGAACGAGAAUGCAAUUGGGGAAGAUGCCUAUUUUGAAAAUGAAGCUGAAGCUCUUCAGCCCCUAGGAACGUGUAGAGCCCUGUAUCCAUUUGAAGCAUCAAGUGAAGGAAGCAUUCCCAUGAACGAAGGUGAAGAACUACAAGUUAUCGAAAUCGAUCAGGGUGAUGGUUGGACCCGAGUGCGGAGACUUAACGGUUCGAAUGGUUGGGAUGAGGGUUUCGUGCCAACUAGCUACAUUGAAUGCACACUAUAUGCUUAGAACGAAGUUUCCUUUUCUUUUCUCUCUUCCAAAGUUUCGAAUUACAUUUUAAAAAAUUCUGUUAAAUUUUCGGUGUUCUUUAACAAAAAACAAAAUAAAGAAGAAACUUAAAUUGUUUCUUGUGUGGCCUUGUAAACAACAGACUAAAAACAAAAAAGCUAAAUUCACAAAAACAUAACCCUUUAAACUUUUUUGAAAGAAGCCGAUAAACAAUGAUUAUGGCCAAGAGUGAUGAAUGAGUUUAAGUUAGUGUUUUUUUAAAAAGUAAUUUUUAACAAAAUGAAAAAGAAUGAGAAUGAAUGGGAAUAUGUGCAUAAAAUGGUGAUUUUAUUAUAAAAAAUAAAAUAACAAAAAUAAAAUAAAGUAUUUUUGUUUAAAAGCUGUGAAAAAGAAAUGAAGAGAAAGGAAACUCAAACACAACAUUUGUAUCUUUAUCAUUUUAAAAUCAAUUAACUGAAAGUUUAAAGUUUUGUUUUAAAUACAAAAAAAAAUAUAAAAGUAAAAAUUCUUGUCCAUUUUUAUAUUUUAUAAUAAUCGUGACUUUAAAAAACAUGCUAGGCAUAAUGCCUACAGACCUCGGGUGAGAAAUAAAAAUACAGCAAGAUUAUAAUAAACUAUGUAUACAAGAAAGUUUCAGUCAAAUCCUCCCUUUUUUGUUUAAAUAAUAAAAAAACAGAAAAUACAAAAUUAUCAGCAAUAAAAAAUAAAAUAAAAUUGCAAAUGAAUGAUAUAAACAAAA